AUGAGACGACUCAACCCCGGCCGAGUCCUGCUCGUGCUGCUCACUUUCGUACUCAACUUGGCCGCAUCUGGCCCAACACAUACAGCGGACACCUUCGGAAACCUGGAAGACCUUUCUGAAAGAGCGCGGGGUCGAGGCAACAAGGGUCUGCUACCCAAAUUUGGAUCGAGAGAUCAACAACAAGACGCAUUGUCUGUUUUCACCGAGGCCCAGCAGCUAAUCAACUCGAUUGAGACACUGCCGUCUUGCACUCGAAUCGCCACGAGCAAUCUUAUUACCUCAUGCAACGAGAUUGAUGCAAGGGAUGUCGUCAAUUCCGAUGUAUACGAGAGAUUAGAGCACGCCAAAUCAAUUUAUGCUGCUCGACUGGCUAUUUGUGAGCUGGGUGGCGCCGGUGAACCGGUCCCUCCUGCCUGCACUCCGGUGACUACGGCAACGCCGACGGCAAGAUCUCGUUGGCCAUUCUGGAACAAGGCUCCUGUUCCCGAACCCACCGAUACAUUCGAUGUCGUUUCAAAGACCGACCUGGAAAAGUGCCUGAAGGCUCUAAAAUCAGGCUCGCAAGGCUGGACCUCAUACAGCAACAACAGACAGAAUGCAGUGGUCAUCUGCCAGACUUCCCGAGGCGAAAUCGAAAAGGCGGAGCUACUUCAUGCUCAUCGGCGGAUGGCUCUAGUCGACCAGAAGCUGUACCAAGCACAGAAACAGGCUCUACACGAUGCUGCUGUGGGCUCAUCCGAGCACAAAGCCUUUCUCAAGGAGUUGAAGGUCAUGCAAGAAAGCUUGGCCACGAAGCUGCAAGAGUCUGUGGCAAACACCCAGAACGUCUUCGGAAAGCUGCUCCGCGAGGUUCAAGACGGGCUGAAAGUGAUCGGCACCCAGUUCACCAUUUCGAUGGUGCAGGUUCGUGGAGAAGUCGGAAAUCUGGAGAAGAGCAUCCAGGGUACUUCCGACUCGCUGAGUGGUCUUCGGAAGGCCCUGAGAGAACUGCGAACAGAGGCGGUUUCUCAGAAGACGGAAAUGCGUCAAAUGCACGACGAGAAUGCCUUGGCCGGCCGCGAGGAGGCGUCACGAGUUGACUGGCUUGGUGGGCAAAUCAUGGGUGUCAUCGCCCUCCAGGUCCAGGUGAUCGAGCAACUAGAGACCACGGUAGCUCUUGCCGACGAGCUGCAACAAAAGCAGCAGACUCAAGCCGACGCCAUGGAUCGGGUGACCAGCGCUGCUGUGAACUUGCAGACGGCGAUGAACGAUAUGGCGGAGAGGCUCAAGUACGCCCAGGGAUUACAUUCUGGGGGUAUCCCCGUAUGGACCCUGUGGGUUCUCGUCGCCAUUUUGAUAUGGUUCGAAAGCCCGAUGGUAUCCAUCAUUGCUUGCCUUUUCCUUUUGUCCCUGGUCUUCGGUAACACCAUCCAGGCGACUUUUUCCAAUUUUUUGCAGCUUUUCGGUUUCUUCUGGCAUUCCGGCCAGUGA